AUGGCCAAUCUCUACAAUGAGCUCUUCAACGACAGACAUUACAAUCGAGAGCUGUCGCCAGUUUUUGAGGGAAAACGCAAUUUCUCAGGACCAUCACCCCCACCACUUCAAAUCAUCUUCGUCUUGGACUAUUUGCAAAUUUUCGGCCUAGAUGCUCAAAGCCAACUGCUCAGCACAUGUAUUCAACUUAGAAUCAGUUGGCUUGAUCCUCGUCUCUCGUGGGAUCCCGCAAAUCAUGAUGGGAUCGAGCAGUUGCACGUGCUCGCUGACACUAUUUGGAUCCCAGACGCGCAGUUUGGCAGUGUUAAAACGCUCGACGACAUGUCGCCGGGAUUGAACAAAGCGGUGAAGGUGACAAGUGAUGGAUGGGUGGAAACGGUGACCCCGUAUUAUAUGGAGAUCGCGUGUCAGAUUACGAUCUCCUCGUUUCCCUUUGACAAUCAAUCCUGUGAAUUGCCGCUCUUAUCGUUUUCCUAUGCGAGUUCGUUGAUUGCAACAAAUGGAUCCGUCGGCCAACGAGUUGGCGCUCAAUUGUCGGCGCGUUCAAUCGGAAACGGUGAAUGGGAGUGCACGGGCAUCGAUCAGCUAGUCAUAGAGCAGGGCGGAGUUCAAUUGUUCUGCUUCUAUAUCAACCUGAAACGAGUGCCGAACUACUAUGUCUAUGUGAUCGCUGUCCCAUGCUUUGUGAUGACGUUCUUGUCGAUUCUGGGCAUGUUCUGGAAGAGGAACAACGAGUCAAAGCAUUUGGAUCGGCUACUGAUCGGUUUGACGAGUCUCAUCUCGAUGACUCUCUUGCUCGAUCUCCUCUCAAAUGCCAUCCCAAAAACAUCGGUUUUCCCUUUACUCGGUGUCUACGUGACUGCAUGCAUUGGCCUCACUUCUGUUUCAUGUCUUUUGAUCAUCGUUUGGCCUGCAAAAGACCUCCGAAAAUCGUUGAUGGAAAGGGAAAAGAAGAUGGAAUCGGCCGCCGAGCAAAACCUAUCCAAAAGCAGACGAUAUCUCAACAAAAUCAAAGCCAACCUCUACCAUCGACACAUCAUCUUUCAUGCCAUCCUUCAUCUACUCAAUCUCAUCGGAUUCAUUGUGUUUUUAUCGUUUUGGAAG